UAUGUGCGUUCGUGCCCUUCCUUGGUUGAGACACGUCAUGGUUUCACUCCGGUUUCUCCAGGUCAGACGAGGUAUUAAAAUAGCUGCACGGUGCGGUUUUCCCUAGUGUUCCUGUUCUCCCUAAAACAGAGAAGCCGUCGGAGGAAAAUUUGGGCCGUUUUUUUUAGUAAAAUAGGAGAAUUCGUAGACGAGUGGACACCCAUACAUUAUGACUAUCCAGUGGACGAUCGUUGCGACUUUUCUCUACGCAGAAAUCGGCGUGUGUGUUCUCCUGUGCAUACCAUUCAUAUCUGCCAGAAGAUGGCAGAAGAUUUUCAAAUCAGCCCUGCUGAACUGGUUUGUACAACAUGGCAACCUGUACUUCAACGUGCUGAUAGCCAUCCUUCUGCUGCUGUUUGGAGAUGGUAUCCGUGAGUCCCUGAAGUACGGGGACUUGAAGGAUGAGGAGGGUGCAGAGGGAGCGCUGCGUCCCGCCAGUCACAUGAACAUCAUGAUGCAUCUGUUCCGUGCACAGAGGAACCUGUACAUGUCGGGGUUCGCUCUGUUCCUCAUUAUCGUGCUGCGUCGUCUGGUGACAGUGAUCUCCAACACCGCCACCCUGGAGGCCAAGUCUGAGGCGUUUGAGAAGCAGGCCAAGAGUGCUACUGAUGCUGCCGAGAAACUGCUGGAGGAGAAUGAGAAACUGAAGAAGGAGGGUCCAGGUGCAGAGAAUGAUGCUGAGCUGGAGAAGCUGAGAGACAAGGUUGCCAACAAGAACAAGGAACUGGAUGAGGCAAAAGACAAGCUGCUCCAUUUGGAAGCUGACCUACAGGCAGUGAAGAAACAGGCCCAGGGCGUCAACACUGAGUAUGACCGACUCCUCAAAGAACACAGCAAGCUUCAGGAGGAACUUGAGGCUGCUAAGGGAGGCGAUGGAGACAAAAAGGACGACUAGAGAAAAGUGCACUUUUUACGGACCAUCGAGUAGUCCUGUAGUCAAGAUGUCUUAUAGCCAUCUAAGAAAGGGAUUCUAGCAAUGCAGUCAGAUUUGUGUGAUGACUUAAGAUGAUUAUUUGGAAGAAACAUAAAAGAUGGUAGAAACUAUAAUUCAGAAGGUGCAAGUAUAGCACUUCAUAUGUAUCAGUUUGUGACUUCACAAAGUAUUUUGAUGUUAAUGCAGAUUAUUAUUUGUGGUAGGAAUUUGUUUAUGUGGUUAUUCUGCAGUACUUUUAUGUUAUGUAUAUUAUUAAGUAUACUUGUAUGAUGCAAGUAGAUGGUGGAUAUAUUUUGCAUAUGGCUUGUGGAUAUAUUUUUGCACCAGUUGACCACCUGUUACCCCUACUCUUCUCGAUAAAUGUUUUGGGUUCCUUUACCCACAAAGGUUUGACACCUGAAGCUCCCCAUGCACAAGGCAGCCAGCUUUACAUCACCAUCCUUUGUUAGUUUUCAAUAUGUACACAAAGACUUAGAGAUGUACACCUAUCUAUUGUAGGUUGAAUAUUAUAACAAGUACCUUAUGUAGUCUGUAACUCUCUCAAACUCUCCAGAACUUUAUGGGUCCCUUCUAGUGGCCAGGCUGGUGGCAGGGCUGCUAUAGGAGUGUGAUCAGGCUAGGCCUGAUGUAUCGGAAUUCAAUGCAGAAAAUGUAAGAUGUGGGUUUUACGAUUUUUUUUGUACCAGUGUAUCAUCAUAUAAUUUUGUAGCGCUGAUAACUUUGUAAUUGCUGUUGCUUGAUCAUAUAAGGCUUUGAGAACUUGUUCAGUAAAUGCUGCAGUAAAAUCAUAAAUGGAUCUUGACUUGU